AUGGGCAAGAUCAUUUUCUACGAGGACAGAAACUUUCAGGGUGGCUCCUACGAGGCCAGUGGCGACUGCGCCGAACUGACCUCCUACCUGAGCCACUGCAAUUCCUGCAAGGUGGAGAGCGGAUGUUUCAUGGUUUACGACCGGUCCAACUUCAUGGGAAACCAAUACUUUCUGCGAAGAGGAGAGUACUCCGACUGCUCACGCAUGGGAUUCUGCGAUUCCAUCAGGUCCUGCCGUAUGAUCCCCCAACACCGUGGAUCCUUCAGAAUGAGAAUCUAUGAGAGAGAGAAUUUUGGAGGUCAGAUGCACGAGGCAGUAGAUGACUGUGAGUCCAUGAUGGAUCGCUUCCACAUGACUGACAUGCAGUCCUGCCACGUAAUGGAUGGUCACUGGCUCUUGUACGAGCAGCCCCACUACAGAGGCAGGAUGUACUACCUCAGACCUGGAGAGUACAGGAACUUCCGAGAAAUGGGAAUCGGCUCUUUGAUGAAGAUCAGCUCCAUGAGGCGUAUCACGGAUACCUGCAGUUAA